AUGCUUGAAAAUAUUGACCCUCCCUCGCACCUUAGGGUGGUGCUGUCUGGCAUGGCUGGUUCGUCGAGUUUAGCAUGUUGGAUUGUACUUUUAUUACCACAACUCAUCGAACAAUGGAGGUUAAAAAGUGCAGAUGGCAUUUCCAUUGGAUUUCUCAUAAUCUGGCUAUUGGGAGAUGUAACAAACUUGGCUGGCUCACUAUGGGCAAAUCUCCGUCCUGAAGUUAUUUUACUGGCAGUCUGGUACUGUAUUGCCGAUAGUCUUAUCAUGGUGUCAUACUUUUAUUAUAAACGUCUCGCGAGACUGAGACAAGCUAGAAAGGCUCAUAAACACAAACAACAUAGACCAAGUAGCGGCGAUGACCAUGAAGAGGACCCUACGGCUCCAUUACUAGACCGUAGGAAUAGUGCGAACCGGAAAAGACCCUCAACUAGUGCUAUUAACGAGGAUGAUGAAGUCAACACUAACGGACCAAGUCAUCAUGAACACCACGAGCACCGCCAUCACCAUCAUCACAACCAGACUCGUCGUGACUCCCUGACUUCAAUUGUCCUAGAGACCUCGAGUUCCAGUGGAAUUUUCAGCAAGGUUGUGCUACCUGUAUUAUUUGUUAUUGCAUCAGGAAUCCUGGGUUAUCUGGUAUCCGGCAACCAGUCUGACAACACUGGCGAAAUUUCUGACGAACCCUUGGCACUUGGACCCCAAAUCUUGGGAUAUACUUCUGCUGUGCUCUACCUGAGUGCCAGAAUUCCUCAGAUCAUACAAAAUCAUCAACGCCGUUCUACCCAUGGCUUGUCUCUGGUGUUUUUCGUGUUUUCUGUGCUAGGUAAUGCCACAUAUGCUGCUGGUAUUCUUCUGUACCGAACGGAUAUCCAGUGGGUUACUCUAUAUUUUCCAUGGCUAUUGGGCUCUCUAGGUACUAUCUUAGAGGACUGUGUAAUAUUUCUUCAAUUUUACAUGUACGACAGUGAACAUAAAGAUGAGGACUCGGAGUCCGCUGUUCACGAUUAG